GCCUCCCCGCCCCCGCCGCGGGACUAUCUGGUCCCGGCAGCAGCGAUGUCCCCCGGCAGGAAUGUCCCUCCUCAGAUAAUGUUAUUUAUAUCUCUGGGCGGGUCCGUGGCUCCGCAGCACCAGGCGCCCGGCGGCCGCUGUGCCAGGAGCCCCGCGCUGCCCUCCUCCCCCUGCGCCGCCGCCGCCCCCAGGCUCGGGGUGGCCGCGGCUUCAGCCCCAGCGCAGGGACCCUUCCAUGAAGACUGAGGCCCACGUAGCUGCUAAGAACCUGCUGGCAUGACAUCAGCCACGGAGUUUGAAAACGUGGGCAACCAGCCACCGUACAGCCGGAUCAAUGCCCGCUGGGACGCCCCGGAAGAUGAGCUGGAUAAUGACAACAGCUCAGCCAGGCUCUUUGAGAGGUCCCGGAUCAAGGCCUUGGCAGAUGAACGGGAAGUGGUUCAGAAGAAGACCUUCACAAAAUGGGUGAACUCCCACCUGGCCCGAGUUUCCUGCCGCAUCAGCGACCUCUACAAGGACCUGCGGGAUGGGCGGAUGCUCAUCAAGCUGCUGGAGGUGCUCUCCGGAGAGAUGCUGCCAAGGCCCACCAAGGGAAAGAUGCGCAUCCACUGUCUGGAGAACGUGGACAAGGCCCUGCAGUUCCUCAAGGAGCAGCGUGUGCACCUGGAGAACAUGGGCUCCCACGACAUCGUGGAUGGCAACCACCGCCUGGUCCUGGGCCUCAUCUGGACCAUCAUCCUCCGCUUCCAGAUUCAGGACAUUGUUGUCCAAACUCAGGAAGGUCGUGAGACGCGGUCAGCCAAAGACGCGUUGCUGUUGUGGUGUCAGAUGAAGACCGCAGGGUACCCCCACGUCAAUGUCACCAACUUCACCUCCAGCUGGAAGGAUGGCCUGGCCUUUAAUGCCCUGAUCCACAAGCACCGGCCUGACCUGAUCGAUUUUGAUAAGCUGAAGGACUCCAAUGCCCGGCAUAACCUAGAACAUGCAUUUGAUGUGGCUGAGCGCCAACUGGGCAUCAUCCCGCUCCUCGACCCUGAAGAUGUCUUCACAGAAAACCCAGAUGAGAAAUCCAUCAUCACGUACGUGGUGGCAUUUUACCACUACUUCUCCAAGAUGAAGGUGCUGGCAGUGGAGGGCAAGCGUGUCGGCAAGGUCAUUGACCACGCCAUUGAGACUGAGAAGAUGAUUGAAAAGUACAGUGGGCUAGCCUCAGACCUACUCACUUGGAUCGAGCAGACCAUUAACGUCCUGAACAGCCGCAAGUUUGCCAACUCGCUGACCGGCGUCCAGCAGCAGCUGCAGGCCUUCAGCACCUACCGCACAGUGGAGAAGCCACCCAAGUUUCAGGAGAAGGGGAACCUGGAAGUCCUACUUUUUACCAUCCAGUCUCGGAUGAGAGCUAAUAAUCAGAAAGUGUAUACGCCCCACGACGGGAAACUAGUGUCUGACAUCAACCGGGCCUGGGAAAGUCUGGAGGAAGCUGAGUACCAGAGGGAGCUGGCCCUGAGGAGCGAGCUCAUUCGGCAGGAGAAGCUGGAGCAGCUGGCCCGGCGCUUUGACAGAAAGGCUGCCAUGAGAGAGACGUGGCUCAACGAAAACCAGCGCCUUGUGACUCAGGAUAACUUUGGGUACGACCUGGCAGCUGUGGAGGCUGCCAAGAAGAAGCACGAGGCCAUCGAGACUGACACAGCUGCCUACGAAGAGCGGGUGAAGGCCCUGGAGGACCUGGCCCAGGAGCUGGAGAAGGAGAAUUACCAUGACCAGAAGCGUAUCAUGGCCCGCAAGGACAACAUCCUGCGCCUGUGGAGCUACCUGCAGGAGCUGCUGCGGUCCCGGCGCCAGAGGCUCGAGACGACCCUGGCCCUGCAGAAGCUCUUUCAGGACAUGCUGCACAGCAUCAACUGGAUGGACGAGAUCAAGGCUCACCUGUUGUCUGCUGAGUUUGGGAAGCACUUGUUGGAGGUUGAGGACUUGCUACAAAAGCACAAGUUGAUGGAGGCUGACAUCGCCAUCCAAGGGGACAAAGUCAAGGCCAUCACUGCAGCCACCCUGCAGUUCACUGAGGGGAAAGGGUACCAACCUUGUGACCCCCAGAUCAUCCAGGACCGUGUCAGCCACCUGGAGCAGUGUUUUGGGGAGCUGAGUGACAUAGCAGCUGGGCGGAAGGCACAGCUAGAGCAGUCCAAGAGGCUCUGGAAGUUCUUCUGGGAGAUGGAUGAGGCCGAGAGCUGGAUCAAGGAGAAAGAGCAGAUCUACUCCUCCUUGGACUACGGCAAGGACCUGACCAGUGUGCUCAUCUUGCAGCGCAAACACAAAGCCUUCGAGGAUGAGCUGCGCGGGCUGGAUGCCCACCUGGGGCAGAUUUUUCAGGAGGCCGAAGGCAUUAUUGCACGCAAGCAGUACGGGUACCCGCGGAUAGAGGCCCGCGUCAAGGAGGUGUCGGGCCAGUGGGACCAGCUGAAGGAGCUGGCUGCCUUUCGUAAAAAGAAUCUCCAGGAUGCGGAGAACUUCUUCCAGUUCCAGGGAGAUGCGGACGAUCUGAAGGCCUGGCUGCAAGAUGCCCACCGGCUGCUCUCUAGUGAAGAUGUGGGGCAGGAUGAAGGGGCCACACGGGCCCUGGGGAAGAAGCACAAGGACUUCCUAGAGGAGCUGGAAGAGAGCCGAGGGGUGAUGGAGCACCUGGAACAGCAGGCUCAGGACUUCCCCCAAGAAUUUCGGGAUUCCCCCGAUGUGACCAACAGGCUACAGGCCCUCCGGCAGCUCUACCAGCAGGUGGUGGCCCAGGCGGACUUGCGUGGGCAGAGGCUGCAGGAUGCCCUGGACCUGUAUACAGUGUUUGGGGAGACGGAUGCCUGUGAGCUGUGGAUGGGCGAGAAGGAAAAGUGGCUGAAGGGGAUGGAAAUCCCAGACACCCUGGAGGACCUGGAGGUCGUGCAGCACAGGUUUGACAUCUUGGACCAGGAGAUGAAGACUUUGAAGGGUCAAAUCGAAAACGUGAACCUUGCUGCCAACAGCUUGGUGGAGAGUGGCCACCCACGCAGCGAGGAAGUGCGGCGGUACCAGGACCACCUGAACACCAGGUGGCAGGAAUUCCAGAACAUGGUGUCAGAGCGGAGGGAGGCGGUGGACUCAGCCCUCAGGGUGCACAACUACUGCGUGGACUGUGAGGAGACCGGCAAGUGGAUAUCAGACAAGACUAGCAUUGUAGAGUCUACAAAGGACCUGGGGCGGGACCUGGCGGGUGUCAUUGCCAUCCAGAGAAAGCUGACAGGGCUGGAGCGUGAUGUGGCUGCAAUCCAGGCCCGUGUGGGUGCCCUAGAGCGUGAGUCUCAGCGGCUGAUGGAGUCACACCCCGAACUGAAGGAGGACAUUGGGUCGCGGCAGGCAUAUGUUGAGGAGCUGUGGAAGGGCCUGCAGGAAGCCCUGAAGGGCCAGGAGGACUCGCUGGGUGAAGCCAGUCAGCUGCAGGCCUUCCUGCAGGAUCUAGAUGACUUCGACACCUGGCUGUCCUUGGCCCAGAAGGCUGUGGCUUCUGAGGACAUGCCUGAGUCAUUCCCAGAGGCUGAGCAGCUCCUGCAGCAGCAUAAAUCCAUCAAGGAUGAGAUUGAUGGACACGAAGAAAACUUCAAGAAGGUGAAGGCCGCCGGAGAGAAGGUGAUCCAAGGCCAGACAGAGCCGGAGUAUGUGCUUCUAGGCCAGCGACUGGAGAAUCUAGAUGCUGGCUGGGACGCCCUGUGCCGGAUGUGGGAGGGCCGCGGCCGUUCCCUCGAACAGUGCCUCGGCUUUCAGGAGUUCCAGAAAGAUGCCAAGCAGGCCGAAGCCAUCCUCAGCAGCCAGGAAUACACUCUGACUCACACGGAGCCCCCAGACUCCCUAGAAGGUGCAGAGGCUGGGAUCCGCAAGUUCGAGGAUUUCUUGGUGUCUAUGGACAGCAACCGGGAAAAGGUCUUGAGUCCCGUGGACUCUGGAAACAAGCUGGUAGCUGAGGGAAACCUGUACUCUGACAAGAUCAAGGAGAAGGUGCAGCUGAUUGAAGAAAGACACCAGAAUAACAAUGAGAAUGCCCAGAAGCUCUCGGUUCUUCUGAGAGACAACCUAGAACUACAGAACUUCCUCCAGAACUGCCAGGAGCUUACUCUCUGGAUCAAUGACAAAUUGCUGACUACCCCGGAUAUCUCCUAUGAUGAAGCUCGCAAUCUUCACAACAAAUGGCUGAAGCACCAGGCGUUUCUAGCAGAGCUGGAGUCCCACCAAGGGUGGCUUGAGAACAUUGAUGCAGAAGGAAGGCAGCUGAAGGAGGAGAAGCCCCAAUUUGAAGCCGUGGUGUCUCAGAGGCUGGACGCACUGCACCAGCUCUGGGAUGAGCUACAAGCCACCACCAAGGAGAAGACCCUACAACUCUCAGCCGCCAGGAGCUCCGACCUGCGCUUGCAGACCCACGCUGACCUCAACAAAUGGAUCAGCGCCAUGGAGGACCAGCUUCGGUCGGAUGACCCGGGCAAGGACCUGACCAGUGUCAAUCGGAUGUUGGCUAAGUUGAAGAGAGUGGAGGACCAGGUGAAUGUGCGGAAGGAGGAGCUGCAGGAGCUGUUUGGCCAGGCACCCUCACUGGGAGAAGAGGCAGGAGAUGCUGACCUGAGCAUCGAGAAGAGAUUCCUGGACCUCCUGGAACCUCUGGGGAAGAGGAGGAAGCAGCUGGAAUUAUCCAAAGCCAAGCUGCAGAUCAGCCGGGACUUAGAGGAUGAGACGCUUUGGGUGGAGGAGAGGUUGCCACUGGCCCAGUCAGCCGACUAUGGCACUAACCUGCAAACAGUGCAGCUGUUCAUGAAGAAGAACCAGACACUGCAGAACGAGAUCCUGGGCCACGCGCCACGGGUGGAGGACGUGCUGCAGCGGGGACGGCAGCUCGUGGAGACGGCGGAGAUGGACCUCCAGGACAUCGAAGAACGCCUGGGGCACCUGCAAGACUCGUGGGCAGCGCUGCGGGAGGCGGCGGCUGGGCGGCUGCAGCGCCUGCGGGAUGCCCACGAGGCGCAGCAGUACUACCUGGACGCUGGGGAGGCCGAGGCCUGGAUCAGCGAGCAGGAGCUCUACGUCUUCUCUGAUGAGCCCCCCAAGGAUGAAGAGGGUGCCAUCGUGAUGCUCAAGCGGCACUUGAGGCAGCAGCGCACCGUGGAGGAGUAUGGGAGGAACAUGAAGCAGCUGGCCGGCCGUGCCCAGAGCCUGCUGUCCGCGGGACACCCCGAGGGGGAACAGAUCAUCAGACUUCAGGGGCAAGUGGACAAGCAGUAUGCGGGGCUGAAGGACAUGGCAGAGGAACGCAGGCGGAAGCUGGAGAACAUGUACCAUCUGUUCCAGCUGAAGAGGGAGGCUGACGACCUGGAGCAGUGGAUUACAGAAAAGGAGAUGGUGGCCUCGUCCCAAGAAAUGGGGCAAGACUUUGACCACGUGACUAUGCUUCGGGACAAAUUCCGAGACUUUGCCCGGGAGACUGGGGCCAUCGGGCAGGAGCGGGUGGACAAUGUGAAUGCCAUCAUUGAGCGACUCAUCGAUGCAGGCCACAGCGAGGCGGCCACCAUCGCUGAGUGGAAGGACGGGCUGAAUGACAUGUGGGCAGACCUGCUGGAGCUCAUCGAUACCCGCAUGCAGCUGCUGGCGGCCUCCUAUGACCUGCACCGCUACUUCUACACUGGGGUGGAGAUCCUGGGCCUCAUCGACGAGAAGCACCGCGAGCUGCCUGAGGACGUGGGGUUGGACGCCAGCACUGCCGAGUCCUUCCACCGGGUGCACACGGCCUUCGAGCGGGAGCUCCACUUGCUGGGAGUGCAGGUACAGCAGUUCCAGGAUGUGGCUACCCGCCUGCAGACGGCAUACGCCGGGGAGAAGGCAGACGCCAUCCAGGGCAAGGAACAGGAGGUGUCUGCCGCUUGGCAGGCAUUGCUCGAUGCCUGUGCUGGGCGCCGGACUCAACUCGUGGACACGGCAGACAAGUUCCGCUUCUUCAGCAUGGUCCGGGAUCUGCUUUCCUGGAUGGAGGGUAUCAUCCGGCAGAUCGAUACCCAGGAGAGGCCCAGGGAUGUGUCCUCCGUGGAACUACUCUUGAAGUAUCACCAGGGCAUCAAGUCAGAGAUCAACACCCGGGCCAAGAACUUCAGCACCUGUGUGGAGCUCGGGGAGUCCCUGCUACAGCGGCAACACCAGGCUUCAGAGGAGAUCCAGGAAAAACUGAAGCAGGUAUUGAUCAGGAGGCAGGAGAUGAAUGAUAAAUGGGUGACCCGAGAUGAUCGGCUCCACAUGCUGCUGGAGGUGUGCCAGUUCUCGAGGGAUGCCUCUGUGGCCGAAGCAUGGCUCAUUGCCCAGGAGCCCUACCUGGCCAGCCGGGACUUUGGCCACACUGUGGACAGCGUAGAGAAGCUGAUCAAGAGGCAUGAGGCUUUUGAGAAGUCCACAGCCACCUGGGCAGAGCGCUUUGCUGCUCUGGAGAAGCCCACCACGCUUGAGCUUAAAGAACGCCAGACUCCAGAGAUACCUGCAGAGGAGCCCGGGCCUCAAGAGGAGGAAGGCGAGACAGCAGGGGAGGCUCCCCGAGUUCCCCACCCUGCGGCGACUGAGAGAACAUCCCCGUAACGCUGGCUCCCCUCACCUCUGGCCUCUCCACGUUAGUGCACGUCCCGGAUAAAAGCAACCCCUUCCUACAGGUAAGCGUGUGCAAGGCCACACAGAAGCAACACUAACCAUAGACAUCAGGGCAUCUGGGUUCUAGUCCAUUCUGCUGGAAACUUGCCCCUGGUUUUAGGUAAUGACCCUGAGUCUCUUGCCCUUAUAAAGGCCUCUCUGUGGGACUACAGAAAGUCCAGAAUGUUCCUUUAUGUCAGCAUUGUAGUAAUUCAAGGGAGGGGCUGGGGAGGUAGUUUUCCCACGUUCCUGUGGUCUCGUUCUUAGCUCUAAGCUACCUGGUUCGUUUAUCAGGCACCAGCCAGUGCCAGGCCGGGACCGGGAAGAAGAGCUAAAGGGCCAGGGUAUUUGUCUUUUCUCCUGUUUGGGGAAGAGAGACCAGGUCAGACCUUUGCUGCUGCCAAGGACAGAGCCCUGAAGGGGACCUGCUAGCUUUUCUGUGCCUGUGGCAGCAGUGAGCAGGCAGACCUGCCUGGGCCUGGUGCAUGAGAGCCUCUGGCCAGGGUCACCACACCCUCUGUCCAUGCAAACCCCCUUCACCUGGGUACAUGGCCCUGAAUAGGGCUGGAGUGUCCCUCAACUUCCAGGCUCCAGAUGCCUCAGACUCCCCAAUGUAGCAUUGGUAGUGACAUGUUCUUUUCGCCUGGGAGGGAAAGAGACAAUUUCCAUGAUGUUGGAGAGAAUGGGAGUGCCCCUAGCCUAAAGGGUCCCCAACCCCCAGGACAUGGUCCUACACACUGCCUCUUUCCUGGCUUGGGGGUGGAAAGAAGGACCUGCUCUAGGAAUUCACCUUCCAGUGCUGUGAAAAUGUAACAUCCUUCACAGGGAUUAGUGCUCCCAAGGGCUGGGACAAGAGAGGAUUUCCUUCAUUGUUUGGGGACAAACAUACCCUGACUGUCCCCAAGCUUCUGGGAUAGUCGGGUCUGCAAUGCAGGGGAAACCCUGAGACAUAAGACCACUGCAAAGAGCAGCUGCCCGGGUGCCCUUCACAAUCAACCUUCAGGAAGUUGUCAAGGAACACUGACCCAAGGGCAGCUCACAGAUGCCACUCUUGCAAGUGGCCUUCCAAGAUGACUGCACAGUGGGCCUCCCUGCAGAGGAGCAGUGAGCAUCCCGUCAGGGCUGAACAUACAGAGUCAGAAUUCCUGCGUCCCUUGUCUCCCUUCCAUGGUCUCUUUUGGAAAGUAGCCGCCCUUGUGAAGGUGUGGGGCAGCGUUGCAGGGCCUAGCUGGCCCCAGCUUCCAUCACCCUCUUAGCAACCUGUGAAACUCCCCCAGCGGCAGCCUCCCCUCAGCUCUGACGCCCUUGGGUGGAAGCCAUGUGGGUGUGGAGACAGCAGCUGUGUUUCUUGCCCCAACAAGCUUCCCCAGGCUUUCCCUCCUCUCCCUUAAGAGCAGUUUUUUCAGACAUUUUGCAGUGAAUGCAAAUCCUAUGUUUGUUGGAAAUGGGCGGGCCCAGCCUGGAAAGAAGGUCAGCUUGCCCCCAAACCUGGGCGUGGCCCUGUCUCCCCAGGAUGCCUGAGUCAGCACGGCAGGGGUGUGUCUGCCUGCAGCCUGGCGUGGCUCCCUGAACAUCUGCCCACUGCCGGCUGUGCCCAGCUCUCUGCUAUGGUCAGACGCCCUCUUCCUGGCCCCUCUGCUUAAGAAGAACUUCCGCUCUUCCUAAGUUCUUUCAGGCUGUCUCAGAGCCUCUCAGAUACUGGUGGACUCAGGAUGAGACUCAGUUGGAGGUGUCUCAGAAAGGGUUUUGAAGUUGGCAACUUGACCCUUGGGUGGCCGAUCUGGAUGCAGGGGCUGAUAUCUUCUCUCUAGUCAUUCUAAUGCCCUGGAUCACGGAGAGAUUGAGCAGCCACCAGCUCCUCCACGAUGGUGACCCAAAGAGACCACACAGGCGGUGGGCAAGGUGGAGAGCUCCCAGAGAAGCCUGUUUCCCUCUCAGCUCCUGGUGGAAGUGGACCAGGUCUCCCUCCUAGGGUCUAGGGAAGCCUAAACUGCCAUUCCCCUGUCCCCUCACUCUCUUUACCUGGUGGCCUUCUCUGCAUCCCUCCCUUCCUGGCAUCUGGCCCAAGCUCCUUAGUUGCCAUCUUGGUCAGGCAGCUUGAGCCACUGAGCUGCUCUGCUCACCCAGCCCAACCUGCUAUCCAGGGGAUCACUCUCCCUGUCACCAGCCUGUAUUUCUCCCUGGUUCCUUCUUCCUGUUCAGCCACAGACUUCUUUCUUGUUUGAGCAUUUGUCUCUGCCUAUCUGAAGUUGCCACCUCUUCAUCUUUGACCAGUUUCAAGUCAGCACACCAUUUAUUUAUUUAUUUUCUUGCAAACAGUUGUCUUCUGAACAGCCUUCCUCACCCAUCUAAAUGGCCCUUCUCAUCCCAGGCACAGGAGUCAAAGCAUCAGACACCGGGGAGGGUAAACAUUCUCAGCUGCCAGAGUUCUGGCUCUGCCCACCCUACUCUCACCCCCAUGCCAUUUAGUUACCUAAGGCAUCUAGCAGUGGGUCUUCUCUGUCUCCAAGCUCCUCUUCCAUCCCCUUCCAGUGUAUCCCUAACACAAUCAGCAGCCUCAACAGACCAGUCUUGUGUCUUACCUAAGCUGGGCACAUUUCAUCCAGGCUGUGAGCCCCAUUGGAUAGGAGGCUUCCUCUGGAGUGAGGGUGCUGGCUUCUACCUCUCGCAGCAGGCCUUGUGGGGAAAAGCAUCGAGUUUGGGGCCUACGUCCUCUACUUUCCAUCACAAGAUAUAUGUGUGGACAAGUCACUCAUUAGCUCUGACCCUGGUUCCCCUCAUCUGAAAACAGGGGUUCCAAUGGUACCUGCCUUGCAGAAGCAUUGCAAGGCUUGGAAGAGAGAAUAUAGGUAAACACUCAGUGAUCACUUGGCAGGUGAUAUUUUAAAUUCCUUCAUCUCUUAAAGCGCAUGCGCACACACACACUGUAUAUGAAUUCUAACAUUACCAAGUUCUUUUCCAAGCCAGCCUUCAGACCAAACCCCUCUACACACACUCUAGGCUCAUCAUAUAUCAUCUUAUGGUAGGCUUCUGAGGUACAUCCUCAUGCCCUGGCUUAUACCUUCCAUCAUUACCUUUAGAAGAUCCUAUCAUCCAUGUAACUUUGCUUGCAAGCAAAUCUGAAUUCACUGGACAUCUUUGGAACUUGAGAAAGAGCCAGGUUAUCUGGGCAUGGUGAGUGUUGAUUUUGUGUAGUUCCCUUCGCCACCUGCUGGCUGAUUUUGGAACUACACCUUCAGCUCCUUACUCCAAAGACUCAUCCUGCCCAUCGGGUUUGAAAAUCCUCUGUGGAGGAAAUCCCCCACACCAAGCCAACUUCCUAGCAAGGCAGGGCUCCAAAAAGUCAAGUUUAUAUGAUUCUUGCUUGACUCCGAAAAUCUCCACCAAGACUUUGAGUCAGCCUUCCCUCCCAUCAGAAACCUGGGACCUCUCCCUCUUUGACCUCAUUCCUGUGACAGCCAGCAAGGCUUUCCUGACAUAUCCUUCCUUCCCCUAAUGUCCCUCAACCAGCCACAAAUGUUGCCUGUCUCCUGCUCUCCUCGGAUGUGGUCCCAAUAUCUGGCACACCUUCCUAAUGACUGAGGGCAAUGGCAGUAGGUCUUGUACCUCAGAGCAGAGGAUGGAAGGGAUCCCAGACCAUCUCCUGUCCGUCGGCACAACCUGCCUGUCAUCACAACCACACCUCAGCAGCAUGGGUAGCCAGCUCUGAGCCUGGCCAGUGUCCUCUUCUCCUGGCACUCUAUAACCAAAUUCCUCCAGGAAUAGCAUGCUUCCAGGGAUGGCAGGAGAACUGUCACCUCUUCCCAGGGCAAGAAUGGCCCCUCCACCCAAACCAUCCACCAACCUAACCCCAGGUCCCUCUGUUGAUAUGGAGGUCAUUGCUUAAAUGGGAAGUCCUUGCCAGAUCUGCCUUAGCCUCAAACUCACUCUGCAGCAGGUUUGGAGUCUGGGCCACAAGUGGGUCUCUGCCCAGCCACUUGUCCCCCCCAUUUCCUGACCAUCCUGUAUGCCAGUACCAACUGUCCUGU